AUGGCAGUGGCGGAUUUAUCUGUAAUGGUAUUCAACAUCAUAUUGUAUGAGAUUAAGGAUUCGUAUUUUCCGUAUUCGUUCUUUAACUAUUCACCGAUUUGCUGCCUGAACAUUGCCCUGGUUAUGGCGUCAAUUGAUUGUUCUGUCUGGUUAACUGUCGCAUUCACCUUCGAUCGAUUCGUGGCGAUUUGUUGUCAAAAGUUGCGAACCACCUACUGUACCAUUAAAACAACAACUGUGGUCAUAGCAGUGGUUUGCUCUUUGAGUAGUUUACAUUCUGUUCCUGCCUAUUUUGCAGUUGAACCCCGGGAAUUUAUUGACAAUGUACCAUGGUCCUGCUCCGUUAAAGCGAGUUUCUAUACAUUACCCAUCUGGAUGGCAUAUUGGUGGCUGGACACGAUUUUAACUCCAUUUGUCCCAUUUGUUUUGGUAAUAUUCUUUAAUACAAUGACCAUCAAGCAUAUUCUGCAAGCUAAUAGAAUCCGAUGUGCACUCCGAGGAAAAUCUGGUGAUCAGAGUUGCAAUGAUCCAGAAAUGGAAAUCCGCAGAAAGUCAAUAAUUCUAUUGCUGGCUAUAUCUGGCAACUUCGUAAUUUUAUGGAUUGUAACAAUGGUGUCUUAUGUAUCUGUGCAAUUUACGGAUGAAAAAUUACUGGUGGCAGAUUACAACGAUCCAUUUACUAUUCUUGAACAGUCUGGAUAUAUACUUAGGACGUUGAGUUGUUGCACAAAUACGUUUAUCUACGCUGUUUCCCAGCGUAAAUUCAAAGAAGAGCUUAAGAGUAUGCUGAAGUGUCCUUUGGCUGAAACGCCGUUUUCACUUCAUAGAAAUCAGGUGAUAAAAAUAAGUCAUAAUCUUAAGAAACUCUGA